AUGGGUCGCAACGUCGCUUUCUCGAACAUGCGUCGCUACAAGUGCACCAACAAGGGCCCGAACCUGAUAAAGAACUGGUUCAACCAGCCCGCCCGUAAGAUUCGCCGCCGCCAGACCCGUCUUCAGAAGGCAAAGGCCAUAUUCCCUUGCCCGCUCCAGAAACUCCGCCCGUCUGUCACGCGCUGCAGCCAAAAGUUCAACCUCACACAGAGGAUUGGGCGCGGCUUCACCCUUAGGGAACUCCAAGGCGUGGGCCUAAGUGCAGGCAAGGCCCGUCAGAUUGGCAUUGCCGUCGACCCUCGUCGCAAGAACAAAUCAGAGGAGAGCGUAGCUCGUAAUGUGGCUCGCCUGAAGGAGUACCUGUCCAAGGUGACCAUCUUCAGCAAGCAGGCCAAGCCCGAAGAGAUCCAGCAGGCCAUCCAACACCAGGGCGUCGUUAUGCCUGUCGUCAAUCCGAAACCUGUCAUCACCACCGGUUCCAUCGCAGAGGCGAAGAAGGAGGUACCCGAGAAUCUAUUCAUGUAUCUUAGAAAUGCCCGAACGGCCCGCAAUCGUGCGCGCCUGGCGAAGCGUGACGCGGAGAGAGAGGCCGCUGCAAAGACCAAGGGCGGAAAGAAGUGA